CUGAUUCGGAGCGAAAGUGACACGACGACAGAGCAAUCGAAAGCGAAUUAGAGUUUGAAUUGAUUAGCUUAUUGUUUUCUUAAAUAAGUCUUAGCGGUCGAUACCAGAAUGUCCCACGCAAUAGACGAACUGCAGGCGAUCAUCGCCGAGUUAAAGGUUGAGCUGGAGGAGCAGAAGUCUUCGAAUCGGCAGGCACGCAGUCGGAUCGAUCGUAUGUCCGCAGAGGUGGUGGACUCCAAUCCCUACAGCCGACUAAUGGCACUUCAGCGGAUGAACAUUGUGAAGGAGUACGAGCGCAUAAGGGACAAGGCGGUAGCCAUCGUUGGCGUAGGAGGCGUGGGAAGCGUUACUGCCGAUAUGCUCACCCGCUGCGGCGUCGGAAAACUAAUUCUGUUCGACUACGACAAGGUGGAAUUGGCGAAUAUGAACCGGCUGUUCUUCACCCCCGACCAAGCGGGGCUUUCCAAAGUGGAGGCCGCUGCGCGUACUCUUAGUUUUAUCAACCCGGAUGUGGAGAUCGAAACGCAUAAUUACAACAUAACGACGGUAGAUAAUUUCGACCGCUUCUUGGCCACAAUUACAGAGAGUGGAAAGGAACCUGGGCAGCCCGUAGACCUUGUCCUAAGCUGCGUGGAUAAUUUUGAAGCCAGAAUGGCGAUCAAUGCUGCCUGUAAUGAGCGAAACCUUAACUGGUUUGAGUCGGGUGUCUCGGAAAAUGCCGUUUCCGGACAUAUUCAAUUCAUUCGCCCGGGAGACACAGCCUGUUUUGCCUGUGCUCCGCCCUUGGUAGUGGCUGAAAAUAUUGAUGAAAAGACUCUUAAAAGGGAAGGUGUGUGCGCCGCAUCCUUGCCCACAACUAUGGGCAUCACAGCUGGUUUCCUGGUGCAAAAUGCCUUGAAGUAUUUACUCAACUUUGGCGAGGUUUCGGACUAUCUGGGCUACAAUGCUUUAAACGACUUUUUCCCGAAGAUGACGCUGAAACCAAACCCUCAAUGCGAUGAUAGAAAUUGUUUGUUAAGGCAGAAAGAUUUCCAAGCGCGGCCUAAGCCCAUAGAGGUUAAGGAGGAGAUCAGUUCCAGCGAUGAGCCCCUGCAUGCUACCAACGAAUGGGGUAUCGAGUUGGUGGCGGAUGAUGCACCCGUCAGCGUUUCAGAGCCAGUGCAGUCGGCAGUCGUAGGACAGGGCUUGAAGCUGGCCUAUGAUGCCCCAGAAAAAGACAAGGCGGAAGAGCAAAAUGUGGCAACUGUCUCCGACGAAACCAGCUUAGAGGACCUAAUGGCGCAAAUGAAGUCGAUGUGAAUAUUUUUUUGUUAUAUUUAAUUGAACAACACAAUUUUACAAAGUGAAAAAAUAGACAGAAAUAUAAAAUUUAAGCUCUAAUAAUUUGCAAUAAGUGUUUAACUGAAAAGAAAGAGCACUUAGUACUAUUGAAAUAUAUAAAAAAUUAUUUUGUAAAUUAUUACUAACAAAUUUUUUAUCAAGGUACGUUUAUAACGGUAUGCUUUUUUAAUGUAAAAGAAUAAAAAAUUAAAACAAUUAAAAAUUUCACGAAAAUCCAAAA